AUGUUGGGGCCCAGAAAUGCUUCCAUUCGGCUUCUAUAUCAAACGAGCGCUCAACUGUUUUUGAAAAACCAAAAAAAUCAUUCGUAUGCAGGUUUUGUAGCCAGAUUUAGCUCAACUUUGACGCACAACCAGAAGGCUGUAGCAUUUACCAAGGACGAGCUUGAUCAAGCUCGAGAGGCAAGAAAUAAAGGGCUGGAACCAUACGUCUCGAAACUACCUGCAAAGAUAAUUCCUUACGCAGAGCUGAUGCGUUUGGAGAAACCUGUGGGAACUUGGCUAUUGUAUAUUCCUUGCACUUGGUCAAUCACCAUGGCAGCUACCCAGACCCUCGCACCAGUGUCUUCAACCCUGUGGAUGCUUUUCCUUUUCGGAACAGGAGCGCUAAUCAUGAGAGGAGCCGGCUGCACUAUUAAUGACCUUCUGGACAGAAACCUUGAUAACAAGGUGAUCAGAUCCGUAGAAAGACCAAUAGCCUCCGGUAGAGUUUCUCCCAAUCAAGCGCUUACUUUUUUGGGCGCUCAAACGGCCACUGGGAUCGGGAUUUUGACUCAGCUUCCUGCUGACUGCUGGUGGCUAGGGCUCUCUUCGUUACCGCUAGUGUUUUCGUACCCGCUGUUCAAACGGUUCACAUACUACCCGCAGGUUGCUUUGAGCGCGUGCUUUACUUGGGGAGCUCUUUUAGGCUUUCCUGCGAUGGGGGUGAUGGACUGGUCGGUGAUGCUUCCGUUAUAUACCAGCAGUUUCUUGUGGUGUAUGACUUAUGACACGAUUUAUGCGCACCAGGAUAAAAAAUUCGAUAUUAAAGCGGGUAUUAAGUCCACAGCGCUAGCAUGGGGUGACAAGAGCCGCAAGAUAUGCACUGCGAUGUCGGUCGCCCAAAUGGGGGCUCUAGGUUUAGCGGGUGCUACCAGCGGCUUGCUGUGGGGCCCUGGCUUUUUGGGUGGCAUGGCAAUUUUUGGAUAUAGACUCUUUUCGAUGGUUCGCAACGUUGAUUUAGAUAACCCUGCGGACUGCUGGAAACAUUUCACCAGCAACAUCAAAUCCGGGCUCAUUUUCAGUGGUGCUUUGCUAAUUGACUAUUUCCUCAAAAUAUUAGGAAUAAUGUAA